AUGUCCUACAACAAGCCCGAGAAGGACUUCGGCGAUGGCCCUAAGGUCCACAAGAUCCGCAUCACGCUCACGAGCCGCAACGUCAAGAGCCUCGAGAAGGUCUGCUCCGAGCUGAUCGAGAGGGCCAAGACCAAGGAUCUCCGCGUCAAGGGCCCCGUCCGCCUCCCGACCAAGAACCUCAAGAUCACCACCCGCAAGACCCCUUGCGGUGAAGGCUCGAAGACCUGGGAUACCUUCGAAAUGCGCAUCCACAAGCGAUUGAUUGAUCUCAACGCGCCGACUGAGGUCGUCAAGCAGAUUAUCAUCAACAUCGAGGCCGGCGUCGAGGUCGAAGUCACCAUUGCGGCAUAAGGGCAUGGCGGAGACAUGGACAAGCGGGGAUGGAGUGUUUGAGGUGUGAUAUAUGACGUGGUCAUGGUAGCCAGCUUAGCUGGGAUACUUAAAAUGAAAAGGAUUUGAUUCCACUUUGGUUCAUGACCAGCCGCUUGCCUGCGGUCGUCCCGCGGCACGUUAUUCCAAUGACUACGGGACCGCGCAACAUACUACAAGAAUUGGGAGGACUUCCUUAGUAGUCUUAUAAUUUCUAGUUUGUGCUCUCAUAGAUGGGACGCGCGCUUGCCUUUGGAUCGCUUGGCCCAAACAACUCCGGUGCUUUUUGCAUACUCUGGCUCUAAGCCAGAUAUAAAGGGUUGGGCCAGCUAGGGCUGUUCAAAGUAUA